UAAUUAAGUUAAUUAGCGCAGUAAAAGUCACGCUUAAAAAAUAUACAAUCAACUCUUCCUACACAACGCGCUCUUAAGUAGGCAACGAAUUCUUGCACGCUGCCACGCGCUCAACAAAGAACAACAACAAGUUCGGGUUGUUGCAACAAAUUAAGGUAGCAAAUACCCAAAAGUUAGAAAAGAAAGAAGAAAACACGCAUUCAAUAAAAAAGGAAAGAAGCAACAACAGGAACAAGUUACAAGUGGAAAAUUCUCACCGAAUUUGUAGCAAAAGCAAAUAGCAAUACAAAAUGCAUUCGAGGCUAAAAUUCUUGGCAUAUUUACAUUUAAUGUGCGCUGGCAGCAUUUGCUGGCUGGAAUUUAGCGCAGCUCAGCAGCAGCAGCAACAACAACAGUCUGCAUCGUUAACCGAGAAAAUACCAUUAGGCGCCAUCUUCGAGCAGGGCACGGACGAUGUUCAAUCAGCCUUUAAAUAUGCAAUGCUCAAUCACAAUCUGAAUGUCAGUGCGCGUCGCUUUGAGCUGCAGGCGUACGUUGAUGUCAUCAAUACGGCGGAUGCAUUCAAAUUAUCGCGCUUGAUUUGCAAUCAAUUCUCGCGCGGAGUCUACUCAAUGCUGGGCGCCGUAUCGCCGGACUCCUUUGACACAUUGCACUCCUAUUCGAAUACGUUCCAAAUGCCAUUCGUGACGCCCUGGUUUCCGGAAAAGGUGCUUACCCCGUCAUCAGGCCUGUUGGAUUUUGCAAUCAGCAUGCGUCCGGAUUAUCAUCAGGCAAUUAUUGAUACCAUACAAUACUACGGUUGGCAAAGCAUUAUUUAUCUAUACGAUUCGCAUGAUGGCUUACUGCGCCUGCAGCAAAUCUAUCAAGAACUGAAGCCCGGAAAUGAAACAUUUCGUGUGCAAAUGGUCAAACGCAUCGCCAACGUAACGAUGGCCAUUGAAUUUUUGCACACGAUGGAGGAUUUGGGACGUUUCAGCAAAAAGCGCAUCGUGCUCGACUGCCCGGCGGAAAUGGCCAAAGAGAUCAUCAUACAGCAUGUGCGGGAUGUGAAGCUCGGCAGGCGCACCUAUCAUUACCUGCUCAGCGGCCUGGUCAUGGACAACCACUGGCCCAGCGAUGUCGUGGAGUUGGGAGCUAUCAACAUCACUGGCUUUCGUAUUGUGGACACUAAUCGGCGCGCCUUGCGUGAUUUUCAUGACAGCCGGAAGCGCUUGGAACAGGCGAGUGGCCCCGGCGCAGCGGGCGGCAGCUUGCCAGCCAUUUCGGCACAGGCGGCGCUCAUGUACGAUGCGGUAUUUGUGCUUGUCGAGGCCUUCAAUCGCAUUCUGCGCAAGAAACCGGAUCAGUUUCGUGCCAAUCAUCUGCAACGACGAAGUCAUGCGGGCGGCUCCGGCAACACCAACUCAUUGAACGAAUCCAGCGCAUUGCUGGACUGCAGCACCUCCAAGGGCUGGGUCACGCCCUGGGAGCAGGGGGAGAAAAUCUCACGAGUCCUGCGCAAGGUGGAAAUUGAUGGCUUAACUGGCGCUGUGCGCUUUGAUGACGAUGGCCGACGCGUCAACUACACCUUGCAGGUGGUGGAAAUGUCUGUGAAUAGCACACUGCAACAGGUGGCCGAAUGGCGAGAUGAUGCUGGCUUUAUGCCGUUCCAUGGCCAACGCAAUCAUGGCCCAAGCUUGCGUACAUCGGCCGCCAGCAAUGGGGAUUAUACACGCAAUCACACCUACAUUGUGACCAGUGUGCUGGAGGAACCAUAUCUAAUGCACAGGGCUGGUUACGGCCAGCAGCUGGUUGGCAACGAACGCUUUGAGGGAUAUUGCAAGGAUAUGGCUGACCUGAUUGCCACCAGGCUGGGCAUUAAAUUUGAGCUGCGUCUGGUGCAAGAUGGCAGCUAUGGAGCCGAGAAUCAGUUUGCGCCAGGCGGCUGGGAUGGCAUGGUGGGUGAGCUGGUGCGCAAGGAGGCGGACAUUGCGAUUGCUGCCAUGACGAUAACCGCGGAGCGGGAGCGCGUCAUAGACUUUACCAAGCCCUUCAUGUCCCUGGGCAUCUCGAUAAUGAUUAAAAAGCCGGUGAAGCAAACUCCAGGUGUCUUCAGCUUUCUAAAUCCGCUCUCGCAGGAGAUUUGGAUGAGCGUCAUCCUGAGCUAUGUGGGCGUGAGCAUUGUACUCUAUUUUGUCACCCGUUUGCCGCCCCAUGAGUGGCGCAUCGUGCGUCGCUCGGCGAACGAUACCAAUGCCCAGCAGCCACCGGGCAUCAUUGGCGGCGAGCCACCGGAGCAGCAUAAGCCAGCAGCGGUGCCAAUGAAUGAGUUUAGUUUGCUCAACUCCUUUUGGUAUUCGCUAGCCGCCUUUAUGCAGCAGGGCUGCGAUUUGACACCACCCUCGAUAGCUGGGCGCAUUGCAGCCGCCGUGUGGUGGUUUUUCACCAUCAUAUUGAUCUCAUCCUAUACAGCUAAUUUGGCUGCAUUUCUUACCGUGGAGCGCAUGGUGGCGCCCAUCAAGUCGCCCGAGGAUCUGGCCAUGCAAACCGAUGUACAAUAUGGCACACUGCUGCAAGGGUCCACCUGGGAUUUUUUUCGUCGCUCGAAGAUUGGUUUGCAUACCAAAAUGUGGGAGUACAUGAACGCCAAUCCUCAUCUGUCCGUGCACACCUACGACGAGGGCAUCAGACGUGUGCGCACCUCCAAGGGCAAGUACGCGCUCCUUGUGGAGUCGCCCAAGAAUGAGUAUGUCAACGCGAGGGCGCCGUGUGACACCAUGAAAGUGGGUCGCAACAUAGACACCAAGGGUUUUGGCAUAGCCACGCCCAUUGGCUCACCAUUGCGAAACCGUCUCAAUUUGGCGGUGCUGUCGCUCAAAGAGAGCGGCGAACUGCUGAAGCUGCGCAACAAAUGGUGGUUCGACAAAACCGAGUGUAAUCCCAAUUCGGACAGCCAGGAGACCUCCACACCCAACGAGCUCUCCCUAAGCAAUGUGGCCGGCAUAUAUUAUAUAUUAAUUGGCGGUUUGCUGCUCUCGGUUUUGGUGGCCAUACUCGAGUUCUUUUGCCGCAGCAAGACGGCGCGGCUGAAGGUGCCAACCAACGGCGCCACUAGCGGCAUGCUGGGCUCCUCUACAUAUCAGCGGGAUUCACUCUCGGAUGCCAUCAUGCAAUCCCAGGCUAAGCUGGCCAUGCAAGCGGGCAGUGACUACGAUGAGCGUUUGGUCGGCGUUGAGCUGGCCUCCAACGUGCGCUAUCAGUACAGCAUGUAAAUGCGAUUGAGCCCCGAAUUAACUUGUAUAUAGCAUUAAAACGCAUUCGAAACGCAUUAACUAAACGACGCUGGCAAUCAACGUGCAGGGGAAGGACAGAUGAGGAUGACGAUGACGGUGAGGAUGAGCAGCGGCGUUCUAAAACUGUACAGCAUAAUUAUUUGUAUUUUUGAUAAAUGUAUACAAC